CAAAAACAAAUAAUACAACCUGAUACCCAAAGCGAAAGACCAAAGCUGCUAAAUCUGGUUUCCUCUUUAUUUUAUUUGUUAAUCCUAUUUUUCAUUUGUUUCUUAGGAUUAUUGGGUACCAUUUUUUUUUUUAAAUCUCUAUAAUAUAGGCUUCUUUUGACCCAAAAACCUUUAUUUAUUUAUUUUUUUAUAUUUCUUUUUUGCAAUUUUUUUUUCAACUUCAAAUAGAUAUAUAUACACACAUAUAUAUAAGAAUAUAAUCUUUUGGUUCUAGAAUUAAUAUGGACCAAAAUUAUAUCUUCUUAAACGACAGUAUAUGCUGACGUAAAAUAAAUAAAAUAAACGACAGCAACAUUUUUUUAAGGAAAAAAAAAAAAAACCAGACAUAACCGAAAAGACUAAACGGAGUAAUCAUGUGUUGGACCGGAGAUGCUAACGGGGCGUGAAUCGAACUGGGCUACCGCCUGUGUUCACGUACAGGGUAGUACUCUGAACGAGAGGGAGGCAAGUGAGGACGUUGCUAAGUCGAAGAACAACAAAUCUAUUUCAUUCGUGGCUUUCAAAUAUUGUUUUUUGGGGUGUUUUUAUUUUUUAUUUUUUUUAAUUUUUUUGCAGCAAUUUGUAUCUGUUUGUAAAGCACUAGCAUUUCUAUGUUUCAGUUUGUUUUCAUAGUUUUUGGGUAAUUUGUUUUCAAAAGUGACCGGCUCUGAAGAUUACCUUCUCAAUUGCCCUCUUCCCUUUGGCACAUCCAUUCGUUUUUCUGGUUAAUUAAGCUUGGAAAGAGAUUUCUUUAUGGGUGAUUCUAAAGACCCAGGUUUGGAACUGUAUGAUAUUUACUUUUGCUCUGCGUAAGCUUUAAAGGUAUAAGAAGGUAAUUUUGUUGCAUAAAUUGCACUCUUUUCAGCAUAUAGUACUAACCGAUUUAGUAUUUUAAUAAUUUGUUUUGAGUAUUUAUAAAGUAUAUAUUGAGAGCUAAAAAUCUAGGAUUUUGUGUGAACUGUGAAGUACUUUCUCUGUUUUCAUUUUUGGAUAUCGUUUUUUGUGGCAUGGAAUUCCAUGUGUGAGAAAUUUCCUAGAUACUUCUUCCAAUUGUUGGGCAUAUAGGAUUUAAAUGUUUGCAUGCUUUUAAACAUAUGGAAGCUGAUUUCAUAAAAUUCGAACAUAUAUACCAUUUUUAUUUUGUUGCUGAAUACAAGCAUCUCUGUUAUUCACUGUGGCAUUCUAAUAAUGUAAUGUAUUCUAAUAUUCAGCAGAUGGUCAUCGAUUAAUGUUAUUAAGUCUGAAAGGGCCGUGUUCUUCAGCUUGGGUUGGUUAUUUUAGACAUGAAAAUAACGAAGUCGAUGCCAAUUGUGGCAUUCAUUAAGUAAAUGAUUUGUGCAUGCAUCCCUGGCACAGACGAUGAUUUGGAGAAGGCUAUUUAUAUCAUAGGUUAUAUAUAGUUCUUGGAGGAAUAAUCAAAAUUCUAUGAGUUCAUGUUGAGAGAAAGAAAUUUAAGGGUAUUUAUGCUGCCGCUGGGUAGAGAGAGUUAUUAUUGACCACGAGCAAAUUAGAAAUACCAACUGCUAAGUUUUGGGAGAAAAAGAGGAUAUGUGGUUCCUUUUGCCAGCUUCGAGCUAUGAAAGCAUGCAGAUAUAGGAAUGAUGGAUGUGGCUGCAAAUGACCUUAAUGCCUGUUAUAGAUCUCAUUAACGGUGCUCUACCAAUGCCGUACUUCCAUUUGUGUCCCCCCUUUGGUUUGGGAAAAGCUUCUUCUACUGUUUUCUGUCAUUUUUCCUAGCCUUUCUUUUUUUGUAUUCUCAGAGCUCUGAAAUUUGAUAAAAUUUCCAAUAUGGUCAUUCUAGUAUAUGGACAACGGUUUAUGAAAUAAAUCAUGGAAGGUGUUUCUAGAGUUGCAUCUAUCUGGACUUCUCAAAUUUCUCCUUGCAGGUAGUCUGGACGGUUAACUAUUAUGCAAGCUAGCACAAGAAAAGUAAAGAACAAAUCCCGAGUACCGACUGAACAAAAUCACCUCAUGUCGGGAUGCUAUAACAACAGCCAGUAAAAGGAGGCCAUAGAUGGAUCAUGGAUCAGCUUGAUGAGUACUUCUGUGAAGUUCACCUUUUUCCUUUUGAGGUUGGACUUGUGUAUUGGAUUUCUGAAAUGUGGCUUCACUUUGCUGUUUGUGGCAUAGGAGAAGAUUGGAAAUCUGCCUACCUAAUUGUUUAUGUGAACUUACGGGUAGGGAGGUUGAUUUUUCUUUCUUGCAAGGCUAUUGAUUCACUUGUAUCUAGGUUGCAUUAUUGUGAUACUGAUAGGUCAUAUUUUCUGCCCUUUUUUUUUUAUUUUUUUAUUUUGUAGAUAGUACUAAUUAGGUCUAUACUUGCGCUUGAACUUUAGUAAGCUGUUUACCUGUGGCAAAAAAAGAACAAGAAAACUUAUUACUUGUCGUACCCAAAAAUUAUUUUUUUUCUUUUAUGAUUUGUUGUACUCAAAAAUUCUUUUUUUCUUUUUCUUUUUCAUUUUCAUUUUUUUUUUUUUUUGGGCUAUUGUUUGACAGAUCUCAUUAGUUGCUAUGCACCUAAAACUUCCUGCUUGGAUCAAGAUUAAAAAAUAAUAAUAAAAAUAACAGAUUCCUGCUUGGACAGCAAGUAUAUGCCAAAUAUAUAUGUAUUGUACACGAAGGAGGUCUUGGCUUAUGGCAAAUAUGUCUAAUAAUAAUAUAAUAUAUUAAUAAUAAUAAUAAUAGUAAAAAGAAUAAAUUAUUUGUCAUGUGGAUCAAAUUUUGAUCUUCUCAAGUGAUUAGCAAAAAUUUUUGUUCCAAACAUCACCAUUUUUCAAAAAAAAAUUUUUUUUUUUUGGUUGGUAGGGAGCCUAACAGGUUUGCUUUUGUAGGUUCACAGAUUUUAAUGGAGUUUUGGUGAUUUGAUUAAAUUUAGCGUCUCCGUGACAACUCAACUAAUAUCUUCAGUCCUUUACCCAAAAAAACUAAUAUCUUCAGUUCUGAAUAUGUGGCAAAUCUCAAUUCUGUUGUGGGUGCAAAUUGAUUCUCUUCUAAAUCGUUUAGCAAAUCAAAAAACUUUCAACUCAAAACAAAAUACACUACAUUUCACAGGCUAGUUUCUUCGUGACUAUUAGGUACUUUAUGAAAAUUACAAAGCUAAGUAUCUUAGACCUUUGGCAUACAUAUUCAAUUAUUUAGAUGCAAAAGACAACUAUUUGGUCAUGGUUUUGCGGCCGAAGAAAUAUAAUAUUAUCCAUAAAUUACUCCUGAACUUGUGAUAGCAGCUAUUAAUUUAACGUUAUUAUUAAUACGAUUGUGAGCAAGCCUUCUGAUGUGGAUAGAAAGAGCCAUCCCCAAGAAUUUCUCAUCCAUUUCUUAAUUUUGCUUUUAAGUUUGAAAAUUAGUUUGGAAGAAAGGAAACCCAUUUCUGAAUAUAAGUGACUGAGUCUUCUUUCCUCCAAUUCAGGAUUAAAAGCCUCUUCACUCUUAUCUAUUUUUUCACUCCAAAACCGUUCUUGUUUUGAACCAGUUUUUUUCUGCUUUCUGGACAAGCAAAAGCAAAAAGGUUUUAAUGGAGACCCCAAAUGAUGUUUCCUUUGCCAGUGCAGCCAGUAGUCCAAGCAGGUUCAGCCUUGAAGGUAUGAUAUACUACAGUGCCCCAACUAGUCCUAGCAGAAAGGUGUCACCAAAUCCAAAUUUAUUUUUUGGAAGCCUAACUGAACCAACAACACCAAGGACUUAUGAAGACGCCAAUUCCAAUCUCGAUGACUUCGAAUUCGAUACCAGUCAUCGUUUGGAUCAUAUCAGCAUCAAUAUGGUAUCGAAGCAGGAGUUCCACAGCAUGUUCAAUAGAGAAAAGCAGCCAAAGGGGCGUGGGGACUCCCUUCCCACCAUGGCAUUUGCUGAUGAGCUGUUUUGUGAUGGCAAAGUCAUGCCUCUUGCACCUCCACUCAAGCUUCCACCGUCCCACAGAGGCCACAUCGACAACAUAAGUGGUAAUUUCAGCUCCACCGCGUCGUCCCCGAGAUCACCGAGUUCGGUACUUAAGCUUCCAUUCUCACGGCGGUGCUUGUGGAACGAUGAUUUUGAUCCUUUCAUGGUGGCAUUAGAGAAUGUCAAAGAAGAAAAGAGAGGGAAAACAAAAGCAGACAAUCACAGACGGGCUCGGUCUUUGUCACCCUUAAGGGUGACUUCCAAACAGAAGUCCAAUGGGUCUUUGGACUUGAGCAAUGAACAAAACAAGCAAAUGGGUUCUCCUCAGAGACCCAUUCAAUUGUUGGGAUUUGACCCAAAUAAGCAGAGGAAACUCACUGUCUCACCUUCUACAAGGUUGGCCGAUGUUCCAGAAGUCGAUCAAAGUCCAAAAAGUUUGGUUGCGCCCAAAGGACUCAUAAUUGCAAGACAACUUGAGAAGAUGAACAGCGAGACACCCUGCAAGCCCAAUAAGACAUCACCAGGGCCCAAAGUGGAAACUGGUGGUGAAAAUGAGAUGGGUAAAGAGGGUGGAGGGUCAAGAAAAAGGGUCAGCAAGAGGAAGAGACUGAAGAAAUUUCUUUUGAGGAGUUUAUCACUUAGUAGCAAAGUAAAUGACGAAGAGAAGCUAAAUAGUGAAAGCGUAGCUUCAAGGAAACCAAGUUUUCUAAGGAGGUUUAGUAGCUUUAAGUCUGAAGAACAGGCCCAAGAUUCCAAUGGGGAUAAAAUGGUGCCUCAUGUUGCAAAAAUGGCACUUGUGCAUUACAGGCCAAGGUUUACUCUUUGCUUAGGUUAUACGACAACUUGAUGAACCAGAGUCAUGAACCCAAAAAAACAAAACACGAAAAACCAAAUCUUAAAAUGUUUUAUGGGAUUUGUGUGUUAAUGUCCUUGUGUGUGGGUAUUGUCUUUGUAAUGUUAACAGUGCUUGUGUUUCAUCAACCCCAUGUGUGGGGAAUUCUUUGUAUUCAAGAAAAGUGAAAAUCUCUGUCGAUGUAUAUAAUAUUACCGAUUUUAUAACUUCAUAGUCAUGCAAUUUUUUAUUUCUGCAUA